AUGUCUAACCUAUGAGACAUAUUGAGAAAGUAUAAAUACUCACACACAGAUACAUUAAGCUGAUACUAUCAUUUUAACAGAGAAAAGAAUUACAUGAAACAGGAAGGAGUUGACAGCACUGUUGAAAGCAAAGAAGAAUUAAGUCGGAAAAAGAGAAGAUACAAAUGUUUAUCACAAGACUGCUCGCAAUCCUGAUCAGUUGCUACCUAGCAACUUUAUGUGAAGGAAACCCUUUUUUAGCUACCUUUCGAAGGUAUAACAAACUAAAAUGCAGUACGAAAAAAUGUUCGAAUGUUCACGCAUGCGUAGUUGUUUAUGGCGUUGAAACAUGCGUGUGCAGUCACAGCUGCAGACAUAGCAUUCGAACAGGACCAUUGUGUGGCACGGAUGGAGUGACAUAUACACACUUGUGUCACCUGCGUCGCAAGGAGUGUUACACACGAAAGUUUAUCACCGUGAAGCAUUAUGGAAAAUGCCAAGCUCCUUGUAAAGACGCUAAAAGAGAAUCGACUUCAGGUUUGUGCAAAGCCUGGGCUUCCAGUGGUGCAUGUUUGAAUAAUCCUGAUUAUAUGAAAGAGUACUGUGCUGCAACCUGUGGCUUAUGUAAAUUCCCUGCUCCAAAAAUAAAACCGAAAUGUGCAGAUUCACAAUAUGGAUGUUGUUAUGCAAGUACACAGCCUGCUACAGGUCCUAAUGGAGAAGGCUGCUUGAGAAAAUGUCAGGAUGAGAGAUGGUGCAAUUACUUUAUUGGCAACUGUGGUGAUUAUAUAAACAAAGCUUUGAUGAAAUACAGAUGUCCAGUAACGUGUCGUUACUGCGAUCCUAACAGAAAGAAUAGAAAAACUUAAAAGAUGAUCAAACAAAAAAAACAGAAAUAAUUGUUACCCUUAUAUUCAACAAAAAUCAUAUGUGCAUGAAGACAAGUUUGGAAUAUAAUAUAGCUAAACACAAUGACCUUUCUUAAGAUGGUAUGGACAGAAUCUGCAUUAGUGAAAGAACUGUAUGGAAAUAUUAAAGAAGAAGAUUGUGAUGAAGAGGCGAAAUCAUAUCGAAGAUGUCGUGCCACGAAAUAGAAGCCAACAAUUCACAACUCACAAAUGUUGUAAUAUUAAGAAUUGAUCCAUUGAAAUAACACUUAAAAGUGUUUUUAAUAAAUAAAUCUGUGAAAAUUGUUUUUACA